CAGAUGUCACAAUGUUCUGCUUAAAUUGAAUCACCAAAAAGCUAAAAAAAAAUCAGCAGACAAAGUAACAAAUAAAGUGAUAGGCAUAGAAAUGGAUAUUGUAACUGAAGUAAUAGAUAUGGCUUCAGAUAUGGGAUUGGAUAUAAAAGGAAUAUUGUUACUAGCAAAAUGGUUUAAAGAAUCAGUGUUGACUAUAGAUGAAUUUUUUUCAUCAAUUCAUAACAAAGUCACCAUGCUGAUAAAAAAUAAUACUCUCUUGCCAAUUGAUUACAGUGUAGCAUUUAAAGUACCAAGAGAAACUGGGGCUGAGACCCAACUAGCUGUUACACAGGAUUUUACAAAAUUUAAAGCCGAAUGUUUAAAAUUGGCUGCCAAAAACGUUGAUAUGGGAAUUUAUAUAGUAAUUAUGCAGGCAAAGAAAAAG